AUGGCGUCAGUCACAUGUGCUAUUCAAAACGUUCACAUGGGAGGUCCGCCGGUAAAAACGGCAGUACUGAAUUUGGAUUUCAUCUCAAAACACCCCUCUGAGCUGGCCAUCACGGAGAUUACUGGAAAAUGCUCGGUGGACCUGUCCGAGCCAUCCUCCCCGGAGAUGGAUACACCAAGAGUGAGAAGGAUCGACCCACCUCGUUACAGGGCAUCUAAGAGCCCCGAUUCACCAACAUCUAUAAGCCGACCUCGAGCUAUAUCGGUGUCUCGCCCUCCCUCGGCCGCAAACUCAAGUCAACACUCUCGUUCAGCUUCUCGCAGCACAGGUCGUUCCCGACCACCAAGCCGCCAUAGCUCCUUCCACUCACCGCGCCGACCAGUCACCAACGCAGGCAUCGUUUCGGUCCCAGCUCGUACCCCACAACAAGAAAAACGAGAGUCCCUCCUAGCACUACACCGCGAGUCAUGCCGUCUCUUCCAGGACCCACCACCACUCUCAACUUGGACUCCAGAGGAGCUACGAAGAACCUCCUCAAGUGCCUAUCAACCAUCUCGACGUGAGCGCCGCACUUCCUCAGAGGCAGGCACCGUCUCAGGACCUCCCUCUCCCAUCGCAUCAUCCUCAUCCAGCCGCCGGCUCGAGUAUGAUCACCGCGCCUCAAUAAGCUCAAACACAUCCCCUCACUUUCUCCAAACAAGAGACCGGGCCAAUACCCUCCCCAGCCCACCCAGCCACGCCCACACCAAUGCCCACCACGCCCACAGUCCAUCCGAGUCCUCCAUCCACGUCCCGGCGACAGUAAUGGAGUGGACAUCAGACACGACCCGACGAGCAGAAUACGAACAGAUCGACCGCGCCAGCCGCGGCGUCCGGGGCCUCUGGCGCCGCAUCGCGCCCCGCUGGUGCCAAACCCGGGACUCACGAACACCCUUCUUUGAAGAGGGGAAGUCAAGUCGAGAGGGCAGCGUGCGUCGGUUCCGGAUGGAUCUCCCUGACGAAGAAACAGAACCCGAUACGAAUACAGGCAAGCCGCAGGUGCAGAUCCUCGAUUUUCUCAACAAGAUUCCUCCUUCUCAAGAUGGCAGUCGACGCCUCUGGACAGGUCUUCGCUCCAAGACAUCUCCUACCUGA